AUGCGACAUUUUCGGACAUUUUCUGACUUAUUUUACGCUCGGCUUCCACUCGCAUCCCACCUAGAUCAGCGUCGACGUGCUUCCACUCUCGUUUACGCCCGCGUCGCCCGCGUCGCAUCUCAGGUCUCGUUCGCCAACUCGACCAAUACUGUAAUCCUAAGGCGCUGUGCAGAUAUUUGGCGGCUCCGAGUGAGCUGUCGGGCUAGUCGACGCAUAGCUGCGAGGAUGCAGUCAACACUUAUUGGCAAUUCUGGUCGCGAGUACAAACGAGUCCAAGUACUGCAUUCCCAUCCUAAAAAGUCCGAGCUGGAUAUUUACCUCGCAACCUCGGACAACCAAUUCUUCGUCCUAAAACCCGUCUCGCCGUCCAUCUUUAGUCACUUACUCGAGUUCAACAAAGAGUUUGGCGAUAACCCUUACCUGCGAACCCACGUCGACUACAACGACAAGGAGAAUACGGUUGUAUACGAGGGUUUCACGACCGAUGUGCUUUCGUUGGUGAGGAAUUAUCCACCUCUCCCGCUCGAGGUACGAAAGACGAUUCUUAUGAAGGUCGGGCUUGGCCUAAAGGACAUGCAUGCAAGGAACUGGAUACACCUUGAUGUGAAGCCAGAUAAUGUCUUUGUUAAUUGGCACAUAGACAAACAGGGGCAAUUCCACCUGGAAAAGGUAGCAUUGGGUGAUUUGGAUGUCGCUUUGAAGCUAGAAGACGGAAAGCUCUUUAAUCACAGGAUAGGAAACGUCAUGUGGCGCAGCCCAGAGGGCCAACUAGGAAAGGGUGUGGGCAAGCAUUCCGAAGUGUUUUCAUUUGGACUCCUUUGCUUCUAUGUCAUCACGGGCGUAGAAUGGCUCCACGCCGACUUUACCACGCUAGAGGUUGAACCAGAGUCAGUGAUUCUAUUCAAGUUGCUUUCGGCCUUUGGGCCUCUACCAGACGCGCUCGUGGAACACGUCAACGAUGCCGAAUCGGGGGAGCUCUUAAGAGCCCUGUGGCAAGCAAUAUCAGAGGACGAGACCAACAAAACGUUCGAUAGCUGGUCGUCAGAUACGUUUCCCAACCUCGACAGCGAGGUAAAGAGGCUGAUAUUAAGGAUGACGAACCUCGAUCCCGUGAAAAGGGCAUCGAUGUCGGACAUCAUGGCCAAUACCUACUGGAACUUGAAGGACAUUGAGGGAGUUCUCAGAGCGGACAUCGCAAUUAAGGACGGCGUUUGAGUCUAGUUCUAGAUAUCUCUCGUCUCACCAACUUCUCGUGCAA